AACACACAUCAGCACCUGUUUUCUUUCCCAUACAAACUGCCAUCUGUUUUUACAUAAAAACUUUUGGUAUUAGAAGAAGGAAAAAUGUGUCAUUAAAUCUCAUUCAUUCAUUUAGAGUUACAUUGCAAGUUCUGGUCUAUCUUCUUCAUAUACAGAGGAAGUAGUAGCUGAAGUUCAGGGAAAAAAUGGCAAUUUGCACAGUCUACACUACCCAAUCCCUGAACUCAACAUGCACCAUCUCCACACCAGGAAAAACCCACUUGGGUUUUAACCAGAAACAUGUUGUGUUUCUAAAUAGUAGUUGUGGGAAGAGAAAUAGCAAAAGAGGUAGCAGUAGCUUCAUAAGCUGCUCAUCAGAAGGUUCAGAGACAGUGGUGAUUGGUUUAGCAGCAGAUUCUGGAUGUGGAAAGAGUACUUUCAUGAGAAGAUUGACAAGUGUAUUUGGAGGAGCAGCAGAGCCACCAAAAGGAGGGAAUCCUGACUCAAACACACUUAUAAGUGACACAACUACUGUUAUUUGUUUAGAUGAUUAUCACUCACUUGAUAGAACUGGAAGGAAGGAAAAAGGAGUCACAGCACUUGACCCAAGAGCCAACGAUUUUGAUCUUAUGUAUGAACAGGUUAAGGCUAUCAAAGAAGGAAUUCCUGUUGAGAAACCCAUCUACAAUCAUGUUACUGGUCUCUUGGAUCCUCCUGAGCUCAUCAAGCCUCCUAAGAUUCUUGUUAUUGAAGGUCUUCACCCAAUGUAUGAUCAACGUGUUAGGGACCUCUUAGACUUCAGCAUCUACUUGGACAUCAGCAAUGAGGUUAAAUUUGCAUGGAAAAUUCAGAGGGACAUGGCAGAAAGAGGACACAGUCUUGAAAGCAUUAAAGCUAGUAUCGAAGCUCGAAAGCCCGACUUUGAUGCUUAUAUUGAUCCACAAAAGCAAUACGCUGAUGCUGUAAUAGAAGUUUUGCCAACCCAACUGAUUCCAGAUGACAAUGAAGGGAAGGUUUUAAGAGUGCGAUUGAUAAUGAAAGAAGGGGUUAAAUAUUUCAGUCCAGUUUACUUGUUUGAUGAAGGCUCAACCAUUUCUUGGAUACCAUGUGGGAGGAAGCUCACCUGCUCUUACCCUGGCAUCAAAUUUGCUUAUGCUCCUGACACUUAUUUUGGCCAUGAGGUCUCUGUACUGGAGAUGGAUGGGCAAUUUGACAGAUUAGAUGAGCUGAUUUACGUGGAAAGCCAUUUAAGUAACAUCUCUACCAAGUUCUAUGGGGAAGUGACACAGCAAAUGUUGAAGCAUGCUGAUUUCCCUGGAAGUAACAACGGGACAGGUCUUUUCCAAACAAUUGUCGGUUUAAAAAUAAGAGAUCUCUAUGAGCAAAUUGUUGCCAGUAAGGCCAAGACUCCUGUAGAAGCCAAAGCCUAAUUUUAUUUUUAUUAUUUGAUGCUUCAAACACUUGUCUAUUUGAUGAUGUAAUUCUGUGGAGAUUUGUGUAAUAUAGAGACACAAAAAGCAGAGAUCAAACUCAAUUCAGUUAAAAAGACGUUUCAUACUUUUUGGCA